GAGGCCUACCGUACCUGUUGUGUUGGCACCACACAGGGUACGACUCUAUCUACUUCUGUACAUCGUUGCGAUCAAACGGAACACAGUCCUCAAUACAGUAUAAUACCGUUCGACAAAAGGCCGGAUCGAAGGAGAGACACACCGCAUCUGAAUUGCGUCAUCGACAACCACAACACAGCGCAAGUACCACACCACAUUCGUAGAAAGAAAGAUUCACAUACCGUGCCUCGAUUCACCAUGAAAUCAGCAGCAGCAUCGGCAGGGGCGACACCGGAGGCAAGAGCAAMCGCGGCAACCGAUGGUGUCAAUUGUGGAGAAACCGCCAWYGGCAGGAGCAACCUAUCGAGCAGGAGAAGCAACGGCUUUCUAGGGGUCGCAGCGAUGGCGUGCGGCUUGCUCGUGAUUGCGGCCACUAUGGCAAACAAGGACGGCAACGAGAUCGGUUCGUGGUUCGGUGUCGCGAGAGUUGCCAGCAACGGAAAGAGUCACAACAACAACAACAACAACAACAACAACAGAAACGAGUCGCAGAGACGGCGCAUGUCGGGCGCGGAGCGGCUCAUGGCAACCGAACCGGAACCGGAGGGCGACACCACCAAGGAAGACGCGCUCGUGGCCAAGAUUGCCAAGAAACUGGACCCGGUGCCCYUGCGGUUCUUUGCUCCCGGCGACCCCAACCGGGGCGAGAGCAGCGAACCCGAUAUUGUGUGGGUGGAUUCCAAGGAAACGAGAGACAUCGAAACGAUCAAGGCCGAGAAGAAGAAGGAGGAAGACCUCAAACCAAAACUGGUUCCCCACCAGUUUUUGCACCUGCACCACAUGAAGGUGCGUUGUGUUGUGUUGUGUUGUGUUGUGUUUCGCAGAGCCUAGCAUCUCAUUUCGAGGAGUAGUUGCAGUUGCCCACCAAGCUGCUUUUCCCGUGCGGUCCCGGGCAGUGCAGUCCUCGCAAUCGCUUUGGGGCGGUUUCUUGCAAAUGCCCCUUUCCAUUGUUCUCACAAAUUUUGUGUUUUUUUUCCACGGUCCUUCCUUCCUCUCUUCCGUCCUCCUUCGAUGGCGCGACCCGGCACGACAGACGGGCGGAACCAGCAUGGACAAGGUGAUGCGCUGCGCCAUGAAACGGCUGCGGGAAGAGGCGAACUACUCGGUUCCCUACUACAGCAUCCACGAGUGCAGCCGCGAGCGAUUCGCGAGCUGCCUCACCGAUCCCGGCAACAAGUGCCGGGCCAAGAUGGACGAGGCAGCCGUCAUGAGCUACUGCAGCGCCCUCAAGUACCUGGACGAGUUUGGCUGGUGGCACGAGGGCAACCAGGAACACACCGUCAAGGCCUUUACGGUCCUGCGCCACCCCGUCGACCGGGUCUGGUCGAUGUUUCGCUUCCAGACCAAGAGGUGCUACGGCUGCACGCCCCUCAAGGAGAUUUACAAGAAACUCGAGAAGGGGGAGCACACGGGGGUCGACAAGCUCUGCCGCGACCAGCUGCUCAACCACGAGGUGAACAACCUGCUGAGCUCGGAGUAUCGGGUCGAGGUGGCGGAACUCGAUGUCGAGAACAACCGGAAGCACGGCGAGAUCCGUGACAAGAUGGUCCAGGAGGCCAUCGACAACAUGAAGGGAUUCUUUACCGUCAUYGGGAUCACGGAGGAGCUGGAGGAGACCUCGGCCGUCCUGGGCAGGGUCUUUCCCUGGAUGAACGCUUCCGGAAGCGAGGCCGACGGGACCGUCUCGGAGUGCAAUCUGGGCCACGACAACGCCAGCCCAAGGAACAACCGCUGCGGAGAGCACAACUCGCACUGGGACCUGCCGGCGACGCCCGACCAGGAAACCAUCGACCU